AUGAGCACCACAUACGGCACAAUCCCAACCACCCCGCCGCCCUCCGACCCGCCAUUUCUCGUCCAUGCCCGUCAACGGGUCCGAUCCGAUAUGGGGACCCGCCGCCCAUGGAAGGAAAUGGUCUCCUUUUCCCUGCCGGAGAGCUUCAACGCCGCCCUCCAACGGAUCCAAACCAACACCUCCUAUUUCCACGUGAACUACGCCAUGAUCAUUCUGUUCGCGCUUUUCAUCAACCUGUUAUGGCACCCCGUCGCCCUGAUUGUGUUCGUCGCCAUGACGGCCGCGUGGCUCUUCCUCUACAUCCUCCGUGACGAGCCCGUCGUCCUGUUCGGGUACGCCAUGGAGGAACAGGUCGUCCUGGUGGUUCUGUCGAUCCUGACGGUGGUUACGCUGAUGAUGACGCGCGCGUCGGUGUUCGUAGCGGGGCUGGUGGUUGGGGUGGUGGUGGUGGUGGCGCACGGGGCGUUUAGGAGGACGAAUGAUCUGGUUCUCGACGAGGAGGACGGCGGCGGGCACGGCGGUGACAGGGUGGUGGAUUUGAAGGAGACUGCUUCUGCUUCUUAUUCUUCGUCUAACUCAUAG